AUUGAAUUCCCUUUUUUCAUAAUUAAAAUAUUUUAAUAUUACAGUAUUUAGUAUUUUUUAAUUUUUCAAUCGAAUAAAGAGUGUGUAAUCAAUAAUAUAAUAACUAUCGUAAUAUCAUCGAAAAUAUCAUCAAAGGAAUUAGAUAGAAAUAUUUCUUGAAUAAAUAUAUGAAAUUGAAUAACGUAAUUAAAGCUUUAUAUAAAUUAUUUUUAUAUAAAUAUUUUAUAUAAAUCCUAGAAAGAUGCAUAUAGAAAAAGAAUUUGAAGAUGAUAUUAAAAGUGAUGCUGGAGGAAAUUCAGGAUGGGCAGAUGCUAUGCGUAAAAUUUUAGAAACAAAAAAGCCAAAACGUAAAAAGACAAUAGUUUUAUCAAAAGCGAAAAGGUUAUGUGAUAUAAAAGAGAAAGAAGAUAAAGAAAGUUCAUUAUUUGAUACUGAGAAAGUAAAAGAAGAAGUAAAAUCACAAGAAAUAAAAGAAGAAGAAGAUGUUGUUAAAAAACCACAGUUAAAGGAAAAAAAGUUAGGUAUUAGAGUAAAACCAAGUAUAAUGGAUAGAGAACGUGAGAGAACAUUACAAAAAAUUGCUACAAAAGGUGUAGUACAAUUAUUCAAUGCUGUUAAACAACAACAAGGUGAAAUUAAUAAAAAGUUAUCUGAAGCUGGUCCAUUAGAAAGAAAACGUGAACAAGUAUUAAGAAGUAUUGAUAAGACUAAAUUUUUGGAUAUUCUUAUGGGAGGAAGUAAAAGUAUUUCAGUAGAUAAUGAUGUAAAAAAUGAAGAGCAAGAAAAUAAAAAACUUGAAAAGAAAAAAGAUAAAGAAACUUGGAGUGUGUUAAGAGAAGAUUUUGUAAUGGGAACAAAAUUAAAAGAUUGGGAUCGUAAAGAACAAGACGAAGAUUCUUCAGCAGUUGAAGAUAUGGAUAGUGAUGAUUAAAUUAUAAAAAAAAUAUAUAAAAUAUUUAUGUAAAUAUAAGAAAUAAUUCAUAUAAAAUUUAUAUAAAGUUAUA